ACCUGAUUGGCUGCUCUGCCGGAAGUAAACAUCAUGUGACAUCGCAAAUCAGCUGAUCCUUCGUAGACAUCUUUACUAGUCACGACUGCGGCGAUUUAAUUCAUACCUCCUCGUCUGUAAUUUUCGGGCCUGCGCGGACCUCUGACAGCUGCAACCAUGGCGCUCAGCGAUGCCGAUGUUCAGAAGCAGAUCAAGCACAUGAUGGCCUUCAUUGAACAGGAGGCCAAUGAAAAGGCAGAAGAAAUUGAUGCAAAGGCAGAAGAAGAGUUCAACAUCGAGAAGGGUCGUCUGGUUCAAACUCAGAGGCUGAAGAUAAUGGAGUACUACGAGAAGAAAGAGAAGCAGAUCGAGCAGCAGAAGAAAAUUCAGAUGUCAAACCUGAUGAACCAGGCUCGACUGAAGGUUCUGAAGGCCCGGGAUGAUAUGAUCUCGGAAAUGCUGAAUGAGGCCCGGCAGCGACUCUGUAACGUCGCAAAAGAUCCAGCCAGGUAUGCAUCUCUGCUGGACGGAUUGAUCCUACAGGGAUUGUAUCAGCUUCUGGAAGCCAAAGUGACGAUUCGCUGCCGUAAACAGGACGUGCAGAUGAUACAGGCUUCCAUCCAGAGGAAUAAUCCUGUGUAUAAAGCAGCUGUGAAGUGCAGCAUCGAGGUCCGCAUCGACCAGGACAACUCCAUCCCCCCCGACGUAUCUGGAGGUGUUGAAAUCUAUAAUGCGAACGGGAAGAUCAAGGUGGCCAACACCCUGGAGAGCAGACUGGAACUCAUGGCUCAGCAGAUGAUGCCUGAAAUCCGAGUGGCGCUCUUCGGUGUCAACCCAAACCGCAAGUUUCUGGACUAAACUCUGCGUUCGGGGGAAAAACUCAAGUUUUUAGUUUUUAUUUUGUCACAUGAAAGACGUCAUUCCUUUGUCUGUGAAACAAAUUUCCGAUGCAAAAGAUGUUGUUGUGAUGUAUUGCUGUAUUUUUCUGUGCAUUAAGGGACAUGAUAGACGCUGCAGCUCAACAUUACAGAUGUGCAUCGUGGGUACUGCACAGCUGUUUACUCUGCUGCUCCCCCUACGAGGGUCUCGGUUUACACUGAUUGGUCAGGGACGACGGGGGCGUGCUGAUUGGCUGGACGUUUAACACGGUGUCCUCUAAUUCGAUCAUGACAGACACAGCAUCCGUGUCACGGUUUCACUAACCUCUCCCCCACAUAUUAUAAGUCGCAUGGGGCAUUGUGUUGCUAUUGGAUGUCUGCUCCAACCAAUUACAGAGGAAAUAAAUGGCGUCCUAGAAGACCGACACCAUACACACUUAAUUUAUUGAUGUUUAAACGAGUGGGUGAUAUCAUUCCAGAGGCUGCGCUGUAUGUAUAUGAGGUUUCCUGAUUAAAUUAUACGUAUGUGUGGUUGUUGUUUUUGUUUCUUUGUUCUUUUUCUUUUUCUUUUUUGUCUCAAACUAAAGAUGUUAUAUUGUGGAAAUGUAAAACAUAAUAAAAUAUAAAUCAUUA